GAUGAUCACAGUUUUUUAGGAUGCACGCGGUGUCAUUCACAUCGAAUACAUUGAAAAGGGUAAAACGAUCACUGGCACAUAUUAUUCAGAGCUUUUGGACAGAUUCGAUGUUGACUUGAAGCUAGAACGGCAACAUUUGGCGAAAAAAAGUGCUGUUUGAUCAUGACAAUGUACGAGUGCACACGUGUGUAGUCGCCAUGACAAAAAAACGAUGAAUGCUACGUACUGCUUCCCCACCCAGCAUAUUCUCCAGAUUUAGCCCCCUGCGACUAUUUCCUGUUUCUACACCUGAAGAAAUGGCUGGGCGGCGCUGAAACACUCGGUUCAACGAAAUUCACGCAAAAUGGUGCGAGCUUGGCUACUUUCCGAAGAAAAGGGUUUGACAUCCAAAUAUAUUACAUUGGAAGAAUUGUAUAAGACUAGCGGGGUGGAGUACUACCAGAUCGACCCGAAUAAUUAUGAACAAGAUCCUCUACUGAAAAAUCUGAUUGAAGAACGGGACAACCAUCAAACUAAUGUAGUGGAAAAAUUGGAAGACGACGAGCUACUCGAAAAUAUUACGGAACAUUUUCAUGAGCACGACGAAUUUCGUCUUGUGCUGGAAGGAUGCGGAUUCUUCGACAUUCGAGACAAAUAUGAUGAAUGGCUGAGAAUUGAAUUGAUUCCCGGCGAUCUGAUUGUAAUUCCUGGCGGAUGUUACCACAGAUUUGUGGUGGAAGAUAAGAACACUUACAAAGGAGUGCGGUUCUUAAAGGACUACGGGUAUCGAGCCUUCAAGAGACCUAAUGAUGAAUUGGAUUGCCGAAAAGAUUACAUGAGACGACUUUAUAAUGGCGCAUAUGAUGACCAGGCCAAAUCACAGCAGUAAAAGUGAACAAUAUUAUAUCGACUGUUUAUAUUAGCUAUGUUUUAUGAAGUAUUAUCAAAAUACUCUGUAGUUUAUUGGGAAAAAAAAUAUUAAAAUAUUGUUAUGUAACCUACAACUGAUAGAGCUGGGAUUUUGAAGUCAUCUUUAAAUUUAUAAUAAAUAAUUUACAUAU